AUGUUGUGUGCCACGCAGGCAGGCUGACGUCAACCAAUCACAGUGAGGAGGGGGUGGGAUCAACCCUAGCAGUUAGCCACGUAGCUAGCCUCUAACGUUAGCUCUGCAGCUACAAUGGACUUGCCACAUCAGGGGUACCGAGCAACUAAGCCAAGAGCUCGAGCUGCUCCGCCCACUGGGGACUCUGUCCUGUUUGACGACACCAGCUCGGCAGCACCUGGGAUGAACAGCCAGGGCUUUUACGCACCUGGUUAUAACAUAGGAGGACCCUCAAAUGACAUGCAGGGAGGUGUGGCGGUUAACAACCUGUUCACCGACCCAAUGGCCAACGCUGCCAUGAUGUACGGCUCAUCUUUAGCCAACCAAGGAAAAGAUAUGGUAAACAAAGAGAUUAGCAGAUUCAUGUCUGUGAACAAGCUGAAGUACUUCUUUGCAGUGGAUACCAAAUAUGUGUUGAAGAAACUGAUGAUCCUCAUGUUCCCGUACACACAUCAGGAUUGGGAGGUCCGUUACCAUAGAGACACUCCACUGACUCCAAGACAGGAUGUAAAUGCACCUGAUCUUUACAUACCAACCAUGGCUUUCAUCACCUACAUUUUACUUGCUGGGAUGGCCCUUGGUAUUCAAAAAAGGUUCAGUCCCGAGGUCCUUGGACUUUGUGCAAGCACUGCCCUCGUGUGGAUCAUCAUCGAGGUUCUGGUCCUGUUGCUCAGCUUGUAUCUGCUGACAGUACACAGUGACCUAUCAACGUUUGAUCUCAUUGCCUACAGUGGAUACAAAUAUGUCGGAAUGAUCUUCACAGUGUUGUGUGGCUUACUUUUUGGCAGUGAUGGUUAUUAUGUGGCCCUUGCCUGGUCCUCCUGUGCCCUUAUGUUCUUCAUUGUUCGAUCUCUGAAGAUGAAGAUUCUUCCAUCUCUUUCCUCAGACUCAAUGGGAAUGGGAUCAAGUGCCAGGCCUCAGUUUCGACUUUAUAUCACCGUGGCAACCGCCGUCUUUCAGCCAAUCAUUAUUUACUGGUUAACUUCUCACUUGGUUAGGUGACUGUGAGGCAUUUAAGACCUCAAGAACUGGACACAUGUCCUCCAUUAUGAGUGUUUGAGUCCUUGUGCUAAUACUCUUCGUCAGUGAACUGAAGACAUUUGAAAUAAGUGUUGAGCUUUUCAGUUUAAAAUGUUUGCAAUGAAGAACAUGUGAAACAAAGUGUUCCUCUGUCUGCUGUGACUAACAUAAUAAUGGCAGAUGUUUUAUUUUUGUCCACAUAACUUUAAAUACUUUAUAAGGGCUUUCCUUGCCGGAUUUGUUUGCUUAAAACUUGUUCUGUGCAAAUGUUUUUUAAAGACUCUGAACCUGCUUUGCUUUCAAGUAUUUAAACCAUGUGUUACUGCAUGGAUGAAAAACACACAUUAAACUCCUAAUUUACCAUUUUUCCAGUAUUUCUACUCCAUUAUCUCCCUGUUUGUUUUUAAUUCAGAAUUUUAUUUAUCUACAGUUAAAGCAAGGGUGGUGACGUUUGGACUUGUAGGAAAAGAAUAAACCUUUAGCUUUGUGUAUAUAUUUGUGCAAAA